AUGGCGACCAUGAAGAAAAAGAAAGCAGUGGCUGCUUUCGUUUUAUUGCAAGAGUUUUUAGAGUUAGAUGAAAUCCAGAAAAAGAAGCGUUCGAGGAAAGUCUGGGUAAGGCCUUGGAUUGCGCGAAGACAGCAGAGGGGAUGUUUUCAUCAGGUAUUUUUAAUAUUUUAUAAAAAUAUACUAGCAUUUUAUUUCUAUUUUGUAGCGUAUAUAAAUUCGUUCAAAAAGCUUUCGUUAACUCUUUUUGUUUUUUUUACGUAAAGACUGCAACGAAGUCAUGUACAUUUCACUGAGUAAGUUGUGGUUUUCUUUGUGUAGUUGGUUCCUGAACUUGAACUCGAAGACGAGACAUCAUACUUCAAUUAUUUUCGCAUGGAUAAAAAGCAUUUUGGCAUCCUUUCAGACCUCGUUGAAAGUCGCAUACGAAAGUGUGAUACGGCUAUGAGAGCAAGUAUUAAGCCUGAAGAACGACUGGCGGUAACACUUCGCUAUUUGGCAACAGGAGAGUCUUUCAAAUCUUUAGAAUUUCAAUUCAGGAUAAGUCGAACUGCUAUUUCUGUUAUAGUAGUAGAAACAUGUCACGCAAUCUUCAACGUUUUGUCCAAAGAGUUUCUUAAACUUCCAUCUACCCCUGAGGGUUGGUUGCAUCUUUCAAGUAUAUUUGAGAAGCGGUGGAAUUUUCCCAAUGGCAUUGGGGCUGUCGAUGGGAAGCGGAUUACCAUACAACAACCUGGAAUGAGUGGCUCCCACUAUUAUGAUUACAAAGGGCAUAACAGUCUUAUAUUACUAGCUGCAGUUGGUCCUCAGUAUGAAAUAUUGUGGGCAGAUGUUGGUGCAAAUGGUAGAGUUUCAGAUGGAACAGUGUGGCAAAAAUGUGCAUUAAAGCAGGCUCUAGCUGCAGAAAAUAACCCAUUGAAUCUACCACAACCUAGACUUCUUCCUGGUAGAAGAAAGCCUGUCCCAUUUGUUUUCACUGGAGAUGAUGCCUUUGCCCUAACAACAUAUAUGAUGAAACCCUAUCCCCAAUUUAGUCUAGACACAGAGAAACGGAUUUUUAAUUACAGGUUGUCAAGAAACCGAAGAAUUUCAGAAAAUGCUUUUGGAAUCAUGGCAAACCGAUGGCGCAUUCUGAGGUCAGCUAUUCUUCUCUCUCCUGAAAAAGUGACACAGCUGACACUGGCUAUUAUUACCUUGCACAAUUUCCUGAUACAUCGUCCAGAAAGUGUGGUGCCCUACAUUCCAGCUAAUCUUGUUGAUGUUGAAGACAAAGCGACUGGGAUUGUGUCUCCUGGCGUACUGAGGCUUCACCAUCUUCCUGGCUUCCUUACAAACCUAGUUGCAGCAACAACUACAGUGCAGAUGCAAAAGCCAUAAGAGAGGAAUACUUACAAUACUUUAAUAACGAAGGUGUUGUGCAUUGGCAAUGGCUUCAAUGUGGCAUUGAUUAAGCUGUACUGUACUUAUGUUUAGUGUAAUGCUGCAUAUACAUAGUUUACCUCUAGAGUUGAGUACAAAAG